AAAUCCACAGAAGGAGAAGAAUAAGACGAAGAAGACCACUGAAUGAAACGAAACCAUACACGUGUUAUGCUGAUGCACGCAGACAGGUAAAUUUAAGAAACAUGACUGUUCAACGACGAGGAAUCAGUAAAACCCCUGAAAGUAGCGCCAUUGAAAAGAAAAUUAAGAGGGGGAAUGCGCAGAGACAGGCCUCUUCUUGGAGAGGUAACGUGAUCACGCUGUUGCUGCUGACAGGAGUCACUGGAUUAGUGAGCUGGAUUUAUUUCACAUGGGCUGAUGACUUUACACACACAAUGGUUUCAAGAGGCGAGAUCCUCACUCAGCCUAGAGUGUUCACAGUCGAGUGCUCUGAAGACUACAAGAAGUACAAAUUCUUUCCAGGUUGCACCCCAACAAAAUGCGGCAGGGCCAUUACAGACAGUGUUGUGACUUUGGAGGAGGCACAGAAGCUUAGAAGGUUAGCUGAGCGGGGCUUAUCACUUGCUGGCUCAGAUGGUGGUGCCUCCAUCCUGGACCUUCACUCUGGGGCGUUAUCGAUGGGAAAGCAGUUUGUAAAUAUCUAUAGAUAUUUUAAGAAUGAGAUAAGGGAUGUUUUUACAGAAGAUGAUUUUGAACUGUACAGGGAUGUCCGUAGCCGAAUUCAAAAGAUAAUAGCUGAGACUUUUGGUCUGGACUCCAAACAGAUGUACCUCACCAAGCCCACCUUCUUCUCUCGCAUCAACAGCACCUCUGCCAAAACCACUCAUGAUGAGUACUGGCACCCACAUAUCGAUAAGGAGACUUAUGGAUCCUUUGACUACACGUCUUUGCUCUACUUGUCUGAUUAUGGGUUGGAGUUUGGUGGCGGACGGUUUGUCUUCAUGGAUCCUAGUAGCAACAGGACGGUGGAGCCACGUGCUGGUCGGGUGUCUUUCUUCUCAUCCGGUUCUGAGAACCUCCAUCGUGUGGAGAAGGUCACUUGGGGUACUCGAUAUGCGAUUACAGUGUCCUUCACAUGUGACCCCGAUUAUGCCAUUGAUAACCCCUCCCUACCAGGAUCCACCCGGCUCAAAGGGACGGAUGAGUGACAGGAACCCUACGGCAAACACAAAGGAAAAUGCUGAAACAACAGUUGUGUUCAUGCCAUAAAAAAACUCUUAUUGUCCCGUAAGAAAAAUGUUUGGGAUUUUCUGUGCUCAAAUGGGUUUUUAAUUUAAGAGGUGUUUUGUAUUUUCAGGAGAUUUACUUGAAGACACGCAUCUUGUGGGUUUGACUUGCAUUCCGAAGGUGGUGCUUUACAAUUGAAUUCUCUCUUUCCUGGCUGUGCUUCAUUCUUUAAAAUCUUUAAUAUUAUUAUAGUUAAAUCGCUGUCUAGACAGGAGACACAAGGAGGAUGAGAGAACAGGUGUAUGUAAUGAAAACCAAAAGCUGGAAACCCAGUUGUCAAAUAUCUCGAUUUAUGUCACAACCUGAAAAAUACACUUUAUAGGAUUGCUUUCAAAAACUACUUACAGUGUACUACUAAUGAAACAUCAGUGUACCAGAUACCCAAAGAAUAUUUCAUUCUUUCAGCCAUGUCUUUCUACUUGUAUGAAAGUUUUAAAAGAAAACCUUUUUGAUAUCUUUGAUAAAAGAAUGUUAUAAUAUUCAAAAAGAGAAGAAAAGUUUGCUUUGUAUGUCUUUUUAUUCUAAGGUCUCUUUAACCUUUCAGUGCCAAGUAUAACAUUUUGUAAUGUGUAUCUGAUGAGAUGUUUUGGAAACACAUUCACUCUUUCGACUGUGUUAGUAAUAAUUACACUCACAUUAUGUGGCAAAAGUCAA